AUGCAGAAGGAAGAGAAAAGGAGUCACCGUUGUGAGGAGCUGCCCGUGGGAGCUCCCAGAGAGAAGGCAGGAAAGUUUUACAGGCACCUUGUUGCCAUCGGGUACCCUCCUGAGAUCCUGGCCUACAAGUAUGACCCCACCUUCCCCACCCGGGGGCUGGUAUUCGAUGCCCUGUACGGGAACCUGCUGAAGGUGGAUUCCCAUGGGAACCUGCUGGUCUGUGCCCAUGGCUUCCGUUUCCUCAAGGGAGCCGAAAUCCUGCACUAUUACCCCAACAAGUUCAUCCAGCGGGAUGACAUGAAGCGCUUCCACAUCCUCAACACCCUCUUCAACCUCACAGAGGCCCACCUCUAUGCCUGUCUCGUGGACUUCUUCACCAACUGCUCCAGAUAUGUCAACUGUGACACUGGCUACAAGCACGGGAACCUCUUCAUGUCCUUCCGCAGCAUGUUCCAGGAUGUGCGCGAGGCCAUGGACCACGUCCACCUCUCGGGCUGCCUCAAGGAGAAGACGCUGGAGAACCUGGAGAAAUAUGUGGUGAAGGAUCCCCGUGUGCCGCUGCUGCUGAGUCGCAUGAAGGAGGUGGGGAAGGUCUUCCUGGCCACCAACAGUGACUACACCUACACUGACGCCAUCAUGUCCUACCUGUUUGACUUCAGCAAUGAGGACAAGGUGAGUCUGUCCCCAUUGUGGGCUGCCUGGGUAUUGUAGCAGCAGGCCCCUGAACAGGGUAAUAAUUAGCAUUGACUCCAUGAUUCCAGAAGGCUGAUCAAUCACUUUCUUAUACUAUACUGUAUUAUACUGUGAGAAAACCCAUCACCCUUCAGACAGUCCAGACAGUCCAAUACGGCUUUUUCCAGAUUGAAUCCAAACACCAUCACCGCAGGCCAGUUAAGAAAUCACCCCUUGUUAAACAAAUCUCCACAGCACAUUCCACAUGUUCACAACAGCAGGUGCAGCAAGUGAGGAUAAGAACUGUUGAUCAUUCUUUUCUCUGAUCUUCUCACAGCCUCCCCCAGCACAGUGCCUGGGAAAGCUGUGCCUGCUGCUCUCCGUGGAGAGAGCCCCAGCCACAGGUGGGGGGGCACCCAUCACAUCUAAUCUUAACAGGCAUUAUAACUCCCCAGGAUUUUCCUGGGAAGCUGUGAGAAAACCUAGAUAAAAUAUUUAA